AUGGCGCCGACCAGAUUACUCCCAGAACGCCACAACCCUCUUUUGACUGAGGAUGUGCCGAGUCAUAGUGAGCUAGUUAGCCGCCGUCGCCUUGGGCAGACUCAGUUGACAGCGCGUAUGGUUACUGCCGUUCCUGCCACGGAGCUUGACACGUCGGCUCUCGGCGCGUUCGACUAUGCGCACCUGCGCGCUCCGCUGCCCAAAGGCAUCGUGUCUGGCAUCUUUAAAUCAUCACCCCCGAGCUACUUCUUGAUGCGCCGCAGCCAGGAUGGCUUCGUGUCGGCCACCGGCAUGUUCAAGGCCACAUUCCCGUAUGCGGCGCAAGAGGAAGAAGAGGCAGAGCGGAAAUACAUCAAGUCGCUCUCCUCGACGAGCCACGAAGAGACGGCCGGCAACGUCUGGAUUCCGCCUGAGCAGGCUCUCCUCCUUGCUGAGGAGUACAAGAUUGUGCCAUGGGUCCUCGCAUUGCUCGACCCGGCCGACAUCGCGCCCACUGCCAACACAGACAGCGGCCCGCCCAAGAACAUCAGUGCGCCGCCCAAGUUCUUCUCCGGCCAGCCGACCCUUGUACCGCCCACCCCCCGUCGCAGCCGCCGCUCCGCGAGCCCGACCAAGUCUGUCGCCAGCAAGCGCGCAACCGCUAGCCCACGGAAGCGCCGCACAGCGCCAUCCCAGGCGUCUGUCGUGACCGAAAGCUUCACAAGCACCACCGAUUCCCUUGCGCCCACUCUCGUCAACGGCGAAACCCCGUACGAAUCGCAGGUGUCGACUGUUUCUACCUCAAGGAUCACCAAGAUUGGUGAGACGUCCGAGGCUGACCUCAAGAUUGAGUCGAUCGAGAAAGAGCCCGCCGUCGUCCUCGCGCCUGUCGAGGAGGAGCCAAAGAUCAAGGUUCACAUCGACCAGGACCUCAAGCUAGACAAGGAUGGCGAGGAAGUAAAACACACCAAGGUCGAAGUAGAGGUGCCUCUUCUCGGAGAACUCCCGUCGCCGGACGAUGCCGCCAAGAUGGUUGCUGAUGCCAAGGCUAUGGUUGAAGCUGCUGUCAAGGCAGAGAACGAAGCCAACGCUGGUGCGGCUUCGAGCAGCAAGGGCAAGCGGAAAGCCGACGACAUCGCUCAGGAUGAAGACGGCGAAGAGAAUACGGAGGAGGCCGCUGAGCCCCCCAGGGCCAAGAAGGUCAAGACGGAGGCCGAGAUUCGCAAAGAGAAGAUUCGGAAGCGGGCUUACUUUGGCCUUACCGCCACGGUUGCUGUCGGAGCUAUUGGCGCACUCGUCCCGAUACUUACGCCGUAUGUUAUGAACGUUCUAUAA